GGACAACGGAUAAUGUUUGCCAUUUAUAGAAGACGUUACGCGGUAGUCAUAUCUAAUUGACAAAAGCAUCCUCUAGCUAUUAGGCUAAACGAAAUGGAAUGAGAGGUAUUCAAAAACUUCAGGUUGGAUACACUUAAUCUGGAGAAAAAUCGGAUUAAAGAUCUGGAAUUCUUGACUUUUACAAAAGCUCGGAGAUUACAUUUAUCCCACAAUCCCAUCAGAGAUUUGAAUUUCAAUCAAUACCCCAUUUUUGGUGAAGUCGAGGAAUUGUAUCUACGGAACAUUCAUAUGAGUCGCUUCAACUGGGAUAUUUCGUUAACAAUGUCCAAAGUUCAAUUACUUGAUAUAGGUAGCAACCAUCUCACCAGCAUUGGUCCGGGAACCUUUGACUACAUGACGAAUCUAAUGCACAUUGACAUGUCUCAUAAUGACAUUCAAACAGUUGACAAAUUAACUUGGCAAAAACACCUAGUAAUACACAUAGACUUUAGUCACAAUAAUAUAUCAAAUAUUGACUUUCUGGAAAACGUACACGUGGAAAGGUUGUACUUAAGAAGUAAUCCCAUAGGGAACAUUGACUUUAGUCGGUUUCCAAGUAUUCGCUACGCUCGCAUUCUCGACAUUAGUGAUACCGGCCUGACAACCAUAACUCGAGAAAAUCUCCUUCCGCUCAUAGACAUUCAACAUCUUAGUUUGGCAGACAACGACAUCUUUGUUUUAGAACCCAGUAUUUUCGACCAUAUGAUGAAACUAAAAGAAUUAGACAUUUCAAACAAUAAACUUACUAGCUUAGAUAAAACAAUGCUGCCAUCUUUAGAAAAGCUUGAUCAGUGCCAUUUUAAAGGAAAUCCAUUCCACUGUAAUUGUGAAUUACAGUGGUUGAAAAAAUCUUUUGACGACUCGUCGUCCGAAGGGAGGAAUGUUUCCGCAUCUUGCAGAACACCAUUUAGCACCGAAAUGUCGACUUUGAGUCUGUCAAGAAUGACAUGUCGUAAACCAGUUGUCACACGAUUCGCCGGGGACAAUGACAUAUAUGGCAGAGAGCCGUUUACGAUACUAUGCAUAGCAGAAGGUGACCCUCAGCCUACUAUACUUGUACGACAUCCUUCUGGGUCAACCUCACAGGAGAACCCACAGGCGCAAAACAAAUCGUCGUAUAUUUAUUCUAAUCAAAUUAUUUAUAAAAUUGACAGAGCGUCUCAGUCAGACUCGGGGAAUUACGAAUGUUUAGCGAAAAACAUCGAGGGCCCAUCAUCUAGAAAAUCGCUUACCAUCGACAUACAGCGUGGUAAACGUUUUGAACGUAAAGGAAUAGCUGUGGCAGCUGCGGGAACACUGGCAGGGGCAAUCGUUGGUACUUUUAUCGGUACAAUACUGCUCUGCAUUCUGAUUCUGUUUUUACUGUACAAAUUUGUUUACCCUCGACUUAAGAAGAAAUACCCACCUCGGAGAAUAGUAUCGUCACCAAGAGAUCCAGAUAAACGGACAAGCACACUUUCGUCAAAUUUCCACAAGCCAAUGUUACCAGUACCUCUUGACGAGGAGCCUGACACUACGUACAUUAAUGAGACAACAGGAUCGCAGAACAUACCUCCUGCUUUGCCCAAAGACCGUACGGGUGUGAAAAGGUGGAGUGAUGCGUCGUAUUCCAAGAUAGAGGUAAAAGAAACUGAUCCAAAAGAGGAACAAACAGAACCCAAUCCUAUAUACGAGGAUUUACCCGACGGUGCAGUAUACACAAGUCCUAAGAAAAUCAAGGGAUUGCAUUUCUGAGUUACAGUUAGUCUAACACCCCAGUCACAUUUCAUACGGCCGCCGUGCGGCCUAUCACUUCUGCGGCCAGUAGCUCUUUUACGCUCGCCGUAGAAUUUCUGCGCUCCCAUACUUUUGCAGUCACAUUUCCCACGGAAGCUGCACGGUGAAUUUUAAAUUUAUAAUACUUUUUUCAUUUUAUUUACAUCAGGACAAUUUAUAAAUGUUAUUCAUAGUGCUAUGAUG